UCUUUAAAUUAUUCAGAGGAUCUGUUUUCUCCCUUACUGUGGGAGGAAAACUCAGGUGGAUCCAUGUCUUCUCUGGUAACUCUUAGGGGCAAACGUGAACAUGAAGACCAACAACCAGGAUGAGGAGACACCCUUGCACACGGCUGCUCACUUCGGCCUCCCAGAGCUGGUGGCCUUCUACGUGGAGCACGGGGCCGUAGUGGACAGUGUGAACGCCCACAUGGAGACUCCACUAGCCAUCGCUACCUACUGGGCCCUCCGCUUUAAAGAGCAGGAGUACAGCAGGGACCACCACCUCAUCUGCCGCAUGCUGCUGGACUACAAGGCCGAGGUCAACGCCAGGGACGACGACUUUAAAUCUCCACUGCACAAGGCGGCUUGGAACUGCGACCACGUGCUCAUGCACAUGAUGCUGGAGGCUGGCGCCGAAGCCAACCUCAUGGAUAUCAAUGGCUGUGCUGCCAUCCAGUACGUGCUGAAGGUCACCUCCGUGCGACCUGCCGCCCAGCCUGAGAUCUGCUACCAGCUGCUGUUGAACCAUGGGGCUGCUCGAAUAUACCCUCCACAAUUCCAUAAGGUGAUACAGGCUUGCCAUUCUUAUCCCAAAGCAAUUGAAGUUGUCGUCAAUGCCUAUGAACACAUCAGGUGGAACGUAAAGUGGAAAAGAGCUAUCCCUGACGAUGACUUGGAGAGAUACUGGGAUUUUUACCACUCUCUCUUCACUGUAUGCAGUAACUCUCCAAGGAGUCUCAUGCAUUUAUCGAGAUGUGCCAUUCGAAGAACGUUGCACAGCAGAUGUCACAGAGUAAUUCCUUUGCUUUCCCUCCCAUUGUCAUUGAAAAAGUACUUGCUUUUAGAGCCAGAGGGAAUCAUUUAUUAAGCCUUAUAAGACAGAGGUUCCCAAUCCUAGACAUUUAAGUGGACUCGCUGGGUAGACACAGUUUGCAUAAAUAAAAUGGUACUUGGGUUGAUUAUAACACUUCAGGGAUUUCAACACACUUUACAAACACUAUGUCAUUAAUGCUAGGGUAUCACAAUGAGGGAAAAUGAACAAGAGGUAAAAUUCUCAAAGACAAGAGCAUAUCCAAAAGGUACUGACAUAACAAUAAUAAUUAAUAUGUAUAGUGCUUUUACAAGGUGCCUGAUACAGUUUUGUAAAAAUUUUCAUGUUAUCCCAUUUAAAAGGGGACCCAGGUUUUCUUACAACCAAAUUCAUUCUCUUCUUUAUCAGUAAUAAGUUUACAUUACCAUUCAGUUGGCAAAGUGCUAGGCUUUGUGGCGGGCCUCAAUCUUGGGGUUCUCCCCCCAUUCCCACUUAGCAGAAAUUACUAUUGCUAGUUUUGCAAACUACUAUCCCCACACCAAGUUCCUCAACUUACUUUUAGUGGAGGAAGCACAUGAGCAUUUGAGUCAAAUUAGAAAUGAAAAACCAAGACCAGUCCACAUAAAAGUCAAAAUGGACAUUUUUAACAUACUCUCAUUGAGCCAGAGACUGGAGAUGCAAAGAUGAGCCCGAAGUUAGGACUCCUGCCCUCCAGGAUCUCACCAUUUAGCAGAGGAUCCGGACAUACAAGCAGGGAAGUGCAGUGUCAAAUGUCAGGGGCAAAAGUACAGGUGCAGAUUCAUUCUCAGUGCUUGCCUUUCAAAGUCCUGUUUCUAACAUGAAGUGUGGUUUUCUUUGAAGCCUGACCAUAAAGAGUGAAGGGAUUGUGUGAAGUAGAGGGAUCCCCGGCUGCUGUGACUGUAAACAUACUCACUUUACAUUUCUCCGCACAUCUGGAUAUUUUUAUUUUAGUAUGAUUUCCCGUGUAGCACUUUCCCAGACUCCUUGAGGAAAAUAUUGCACAGUGAAUGGCUCCCACGGAUGUGGCAAGGAAUUUUAGGAAAAUGUGUGCAAGAAAGUGUGUGAAGGGAAAGACUUAGGUUGAUUACUUUGGUCUUUUAAUGUAACAGACUGACAUUUUAGAGCAUCUUAGCUAGAAGAUAAGGAGUACUUUGCUAGUGAUGGACCAGCUGCAGAAAGCACAGAGGAAGACUUUUUGGAAAUGGAAAAAGUUUGAGAAACUUGGAAAGAGAAGUGUGUUAAUCAGGUUUGUUAGUGGUUUGCAGGAAGAGAAAUGUAGCUGAUUAACCUCCAUACCUCAUGGUUUAUGAGGCCAACUUCGCUUCACUUUUUUGUCCUUGCUAAUCACUUUCAGAUAAGCUCAUUGACUCAGCAUUGCCUUUUAGAGGUUAGAGCAGUAGUCAUUAAGCACAAACAAAUCUAUUUGUCAGUUGUGAGCAGGCUUUUUCUUAUUCCUGUAGUUCUCCAUCUUGUUUAACUUUAGAUGCUUGAGUUUUGAGUAGGGAUGAUGUCAAAUACUCCACUAGCCUGUCACCUAGACUGUGCUUCACACGCUGGGAUUUGCGUACUCCUGGUGCCGUGUAUGAAAAAUCAGAAGUGGAUACAAUAAUCUUCCUGAGGUAUCAGUUUUACUCAAAUAUAUUAGGAGAAAUAUUUUGUACUAAAACAAGUUCUGUAUUUUGGAAUAGAAUACUGUAUUUGUGUGAACUAUUCGUGUAAAACAGGAUCCUUCAAAACAUUGUUUGUUGCACGUCGUGUUAGAACACAUUCUGGAAUGCUAGGUGGAGGUGUUGCCCUCCCUCCAGCUCCAGGAAUAUUCUGGCAGAAAGAUUUGUGAUGCACUGACUGAGGCAAUAAAACAGAUGCUCAGGACGAAGGGAGAGGAUGCUCCUUGCGUGGGGAAAUAACGUUUCUCAGUCUGCCUACUUGUGCUUAAACAUUUUGGGUUAAUCUAGCAUAUGAUACGUGACUGCUUCUUUUGAAUUGUUUAUUUGUGGAUUAGAAGUUAUUUCUCCUCAUCUUUGAACUUUCAUUUAGAGGACUUAAAUAAAGCUCUUCUGUUUCCUUUCA